UAUUUUUAAUUUAGUGCUGCACUGAAUAUUUAAAUAUAGUCCAUACAGAAUAACUGAAUUUACAAAAAAAAAAUGUACAAAAAGAUUUACAAAAAUAGUCCAGCUGAAAGGUUUACAUGCACAGUUUACAUAUACACACUGUACAAUGUUACCUAAACAAUUAAUGACAGUUUUAGUUUUUUAUGUUAGUUAUCAAAGAGUUUUUUGUUUGAUCUGAGCUGUUAAACUGUCCACUGGUCUCUAGAAAAACCCUCCAGGUCCUGCAGUCAUUGCUUCUGCAUCUUCUGCAUGUUGAGAUCCAUCUUUUUACACUGAGGACAAUCAAGAAACACAACUUUAUUAUUCUCAAAGAAGUCAAAUGUGUUGUUAAAAUUCAGUAGAGGUCAUGCUGAGUAAAUCUUUUCCACUGCUGAACACAAACACAAUAACUGUUUGCUUUCUUCACGAGGUUUUUUAGUGGUUGUGGAUUUAUUCAGUGGUGUUUUCUGUGUAUUGUUUUGGCAUUGCCCAAUUCUGAAGAGAUUGCUUCUCAUUUGAUCGGAGAGACGAUGCCUCUUCUAGAUACUAUUUCAUACCCAACCAUGUUACUGACCUAAUGCCGUAUAGUAUCUUUGAACACAAAGACAAUUACACUUUUGUUUAGACAAAACACUUUUCCAGAUUUUAGUUGCAAUAAAAUUCAAAAUUAGCUUAUUUUUUCUUAAAAUGAUUUUGUUUUGAUAUGAUUCAUAUGUUCUAUUUCAAAUACUGUAUAACAUGGGUUUAUGAAAUUUGCAAAUCAGUACAUUCUGUUUUUAAUGACAUGUUACAUAUGUCACAACUUUUCCUGAUUUGGGGUUUUAUGUUAAAGAAUUCUCACGUAACGCUGUUGGACCACUCAGAAUGAAGAACUCGGGGUUCAGUAAAUGAUCAGUAAAUGAUCUCUACUACUUUAGAUUUAGGUUUAUUUAUUCUCCUUCAAAGCCAUGUUAGGAUUACAAACAAAGUCAUUUCUUGUCAUGGGAAGUUGUGUUGGCCAGUAUAAAACUCUACUAGCACUAAGCACCAGAGAGGAGAAGCAGCGCUUUCUGUUGACCAUAAGACACCUGACACGCAUGAGCUGUGCACCUGCAAAACAACACGACUUUCCUUAAAGGGACUUUGAUGCAAAUACGAUGUAAUGACGUCACUGAUGUUCAUUUUGUGCGUUUUCUUAUCCAGUGACAUUUAGUGACUUUCCAUUGAACAUUGUUGACAGCACUGAUUAACUUACUCAGUAACAGCAAUAUAAAGGCUUUAACUCUAUAACCUAUCCAUCUUUAAUCUAACAACAGUAUAUUUCUUCAGUCAAGUAAACACAGCUGAUCUUCACUCACAGGUAAGUGACAGAAAUGUGAUUGUCCUCAACAGAUUUAUAAUGUUAGUGCUCUUGUUAAGUAGCUUAUUGUACAGUUCACACUGGAGUAAGUUUAAACUGCAGAUCCACUACAUAAAAGCCUAAUAAACGAAAAAAGUUAUUAUAGUAAAAAGAAAGAUUUAGUAGGAUUAGUCAGUAUGUGGAACACAUGUUUACAGUUGUUUUUUGAAGGCUGUGGUGAUACUUUUUCAUGAGAUGGUGGGGGCUUGAAACUCAUUCCGAGAGGAACAAAAUGUUUUUAAGAGUGAUUUGAUGCUUUACUGUUGGGGAACAAUCAGCUCAUUUACUGAACGGCGGGAAGAGAUAUAUAGUACCUGUUUAAGUGAGAUGAGAUACUGUAGGAGGGUGAAGUUUUAGUAAAGCUGUCAGAGACUUACAUUUGAUGUGGGCAUGCAGGUAAAGGUAACUAAAUGUAGAGAGAUUAGGAGAAGUGUGAUUUGGGUUUUCUUUGUUUGAUUUAAGACCAGACGUGCUGCUGCAUUCAGAAUCAUUUACAUGGGCUUGGUUGUUCUGGCUGUAAGGUCAUCCAGCAGGGCAUGUUGUAAAGCACAUACAUAAACCUUUUUACAGUUUAAGAGCAAAUUAAAAACUUUUAAUUAUAUUUCAGGUUUUGUAGAGACAGCACUUAUAGUUACAAUUUUAUAGAAGUUUGAAUUAAACAAAUAGCAUGAACUUGAAUUUAUUUUCAGUUGUUACAUCAGAUUACACAAUUUAAUGUGAAUUAUUUGUCCACAUUUUAACUGCAUUAAAGCAUAAUGCAGAUUAUAUAUUUUCAUAAUUUCUCUUUGCCCUGAUGUCAUCCUCCAGUGAUCCAAUGACUGAGAGGCUUCUGUGUUCAAUCUGUCUGGAAGUGUUCAGUGAUCCAGUCAGAACUCCAUGUGGACACAACUUCUGUAAGAUCUGUCUCAGUACAUACUGGAACAACAGUCAAGACUGCAGAUGUCCAAACUGUAAAGAAACAUUCAAGCAGAGACCUGAUCUCAAGAUUAAUACAACACUCAGAGACGUUGUGGAUGAACAUAAGAAGAAAUGUCAUGAAGAACAAGCUGAAGUUGUGUGUGACAUCUGUAGUGAAGGAAAGCUGAAGGCUGUGAAGUCGUGUCUGGUGUGUCAGAGCUCUUACUGUGAAACUCACCUGGAGCCUCAUUUGAGAGUGUCAGGAUUACAGAAACACAAACUGAUUGAUCCUGUGAAGAAUCUGCAGGAUUAUAUAUGUCAGAAACAUGACAGACCUCUGGAGCUCUUCUGUAGAGAUGAUCACACAUGUGUGUGUCUGUCCUGCGCUGAUGGAGAUCACAAGAACCACAACACUGUUCCUUUAAGAGAGGAGAGUAAAGAGAAGAAGAUUCAGCUGUUAAAGACACAGACAGACGUGCAGCAGAUGAUCCAAGACAGAAUCAAGAAGAUUCAAGAUAUCAAACAUUCAGCAGAAUUUACAAGAAUUUUUCAGUAUUUUCCAGUUGAGGAGCAAAAAAAGGACACCCAAGGCCAACAGACCCAGCCCACCCUGAUGCUCAUCCUUGCACUGCCUGGGACACCUAAGGCCAACAGGCGCAGCUCCUGUUCUCUUUUUGCCAUAUGUAUUUAUCUACUUUAGCAAUACAAAAUUGUGAAAUGCACUAUAGAAAUAAUUUUGACUUUGGAUCCUCACACCACCUGGUAAUAGUAGGAAACCCACGCCAUUUGGAGAGAUCAGCAUUGUUUUUUUCUUGCUGGCAAGGAUUUGCUUUUUGCAAAUUACAACUUAACCUUGGUGUAGGCCUUGCUAUGAGAGACUAGUUUUUGCUGGACUUUUUUACAAUUGUACAUUUGUACAAAGUACCUGAAAUAUUUCUGUAUUUAUAUUUAAAGUUAAGGCAAAUUAUUUGGUUGGUUUUGUUAAGAUGUUUCAAUUUAUAAAAAAAAUCACCAACACAAUAUUAAUUAUACACUUGAUUUCAUGAAUUUAGUAUUGUAAUGAACAAUAUUGACCAUUUUGUGAACAUUGAAUAAAUGUAAUUUGUUGUUUAAC